CAGAGGCGGCGGGACGGGAUCCGCUGUGACUCGGGCGGCGCCUCCCUUCGGCGGCCCGGCCCGGCUCCGGCCUCCGCCGGGGCGAUGCUCCCCGAGGCCGCGGGAUGAGCCAGGCAGCCCUGACCGGUGCUCCUCCCACAGUGACUCCGCCGGCCUGGGCAUGGCGGACCCGGUGGCAGGCAUCGCAGGCUCGGCGGCCAAGAGUGUGCGGCCCUUCCGUUCAAGUGAGGCCUACGUGGAGGCCAUGAAGGAGGACCUGGCCGAGUGGCUCAAUGCCUUGUAUGGCCUCGGCCUGCCCAGCGGUGGGGAUGGCUUCCUGACAGGGCUGGCCACAGGCACCACCCUGUGCCAACAUGCCAACGCCGUCACUGAGGCUGCCCAGGCCCUGGCUGCUGCCCGGCCGGCCCGAGGGGUGGCCUUCCAGGCACACAGCGUGGUUCCUGGCUCCUUCAUGGCCCGCGACAACGUGGCCACCUUUAUCGGCUGGUGCCGGGCAGAGCUGGGGGUGCCCGAAGUCCUCAUGUUCGAGACCGAGGACCUGGUGCUGCGAAAGAACGAGAAGAGCGUGGUGCUGUGCCUGCUGGAGGUGGCGCGGCGCGGGGCCCGCCUGGGCCUGCUUGCCCCCCGACUCGUGCAGUUUGAGCAGGAGAUUGAACGGGAGCUCCGCGCUGCACCCUCGGCCUCCCAGUCCCCCACUGCUGGGGAGGACGCCACUGAGACUGCCACUGCACCCGGGGCACCCAGCCGUGGGCCCCGCAUGACGCCCAGCGACCUCCGUAACCUGGAUGAACUGGUGAGGGAGAUCUUAGGCCACUGCACCUGCCCAGACCAGUUUCCCAUGAUCAAGGUCUCGGAGGGGAAAUACCGUGUGGGAGACUCCAGCCUGCUCAUCUUCGUGCGGGUGCUGAGGAGCCAUGUGAUGGUGCGUGUGGGUGGCGGCUGGGACACCCUGGAGCACUACCUGGACAAGCACGACCCUUGCCGCUGCUCCUCCACAGCCCACCGCCCUGCCCAGCAGAGGGCCCGCACCUUCUCCCCACAGAGGGUGUCGCCCACCCCCAGCCCCCGACCUGGUAGCCCUGUCCCAGGGGGCGAGCGUCGGGGCUCCCGACCUGAGCUGACAGCCGUUAGCUCACGCAGCUCAAAGGAUGGGCCUGACACACCAUUCAGGCCCCGGGACCAGCUGCCCCCCCACCCCCGCUCCCGCCGAUACUCCGGGGACAGCGACUCCUCAGCUUCCUCCGCCCAGAGUGGCCCCCUCGGUACCCGCAGCGAUGACCUAGGCACUGUCCCUCAGAGAGAACGGCCCAGCCGGCGGCUAACCACAGGCACCCCAGUCUCCCCGAGAAGGCCCCCAGCCCCACGCAGCCAGUCCCGAGACCGCCUGGAUCGGGGGCGGCCCCGUGGGGCCCCAGGAGGCAGGGGAGCCCGGCUUUCAGCCCCCAGCCCUGCUCGGCGUGCCCGCAGCCAGAGCCGUGAGGAGCAGGCUGUGCUGCUGGUUCGAAGAGACCGAGACGGGCAGCACUCAUGGGUAGCACGGGGCAGGGGGGGCUCGGGCAGGAGCAGCCCCCACACACCCCGUUCCCACAGUCCCGCAGCCCUCCGGCCUCCCCAGGGCUCCAGCCCCAGUCCAGAGCUGGGCACCACACCGGCCAGCGUCUUCCGCACCCCCCUGCAGCUUGACCCGCAGCAGGAGCAGCAGCUGUUCCAGCGCCUCGAGGAGGAGUUUCUGGCCAAUGCCCGAGCCCUAGAGGCUGCAGGGGGCGGGGCCCCCACUGGACCAGCCCCUGACCCGGCCCGGGCGCCAGACCCUCCAGCUCCUGACUCAGCCUACUGCUCCUCUAGCUCCUCCUCUUCAUCCCUCUGCGUCCUGGGUGGCAAGUGUGGCCAACCUGGGGACUCUUGUCGGAUGGCCAAUGGGCUUCCUGGGCCCCGAGGCCCAGCCCUGUCCAGCUCUUCCGAUGAAGGCAGCCCCGGUCCUGGUGCAGGAGGCCCACCAGACGCACCUGGGAACUUCCUUGCUGGCCUGGAGCCCCCGAGGACCUGGGCACGGGGCCGGAUGGACACACAACCAGACCGAAAACCCUCACGCAUUCCCACACCUCGGGGGCCCCGACGCCCAUCUGUACCCAUGGAGCCUGGGGCCUGGCAUGCCUUGCACUCUGUUACCCCAAGGAGCCAACCGGAUUCCUGGAUGUGAAGGACCAGUUCCACUGCCCCCAGGACCCCCCAUUCCUUUUCCUUCUCCUUUGUGGCCUUAACCCCUCUGCAUCAGGGAACUGCCCCCCACCCCCCACCCCAGCCUCUUGGGGACCAGGCCUCAUGGGACUAGAACCCUUGGGGCCACAUGGCACAAUGGGACCUCUGUUGUACAUUCCGGUUGGGGGAUAAACGUUGCUAUUUAAUUACUAAUAUUAUUGAAUGCCUUAGAGGAGGUGGGGCCAGCCCAGUGAGAACCCCUCCUGUGGGCCUGUGGCCCUGCAGAGCCUGACAGUAAAGUUUGUUCUAGUCACUGUGU